UGCAUGGAUAUUGAGUUACAUGUACUUGUCACAUAUUUUAAGUAAAAUAUUAUCUUUUUUUCUAUCUUCAGAAUAUGGCAACUGCAGCUUUUAGCAGCACUUCCAGCACAGAAACACCUUCAAAUUCAACACCAGAAAGUUUUAAGUUUGAAACAAAAUAUAUUGUUCUCAGCUUUCUAAGCGAACUUACUAAACGUCAGAAGCAGCAUAACUCGGCCUCUCCUCCAAAAGCCUUCCAGACAUCAUCAACAGACUCUGACCAGAGAACCCGAAAAUUCUUUAAUACAUGGCGGGGGAAACAUUCACCUUACAAGCGAAAAAAUAAAAAGUCGGCUAAUGCCGAGUUUCAAAACAGAAAGAAAACCGGCCACGGAGCCCUGAGAAAAACCAGCUCACACAAUUUGUUAUGUGGCUCCACAGAUGUAUCCCAGAAAGCUAGACUUGCUAGAAAAUAUUCGUUACCUACCAGCUGUAGCUACUCAGAUCACAGACUUACAUCAUCUGUCUCCACACCAGGCAUGUUAAAUCGGAGUUUGAGCAGUGGGAGCUGUCAUGACUGUAACAGCUACUGUAGCGAUGCCGAUGAUGAACUGGAGAGCUCCCAGGGAUCAAGUGUUGUGGGGAGUAGUCUCGGGAUAUACAAACACAGCCAUAGGGAACACUUUCAGCAUCUGUCGACAGUUGCCAGCGAAUCUGAAACAGAACAAGAACUAAGCAAGAUAUUAAGCAAGGCCGAACCCAUUGAUAUUGAUAUGAUAACCUUAGAAGAAAGGCUUCUGUUUCGUUCCAAAUCUGGACAGUCUAAUGAAUCUGCAAGCGGUUUGAAUUCCACUUUCUUGGAUGACAUAGAUGGUGUUAUACCCAAUAGUUUUGACCAUAUAGAGAGCAACACCGAUUCAGAUCUUUCUGAUUUGGAACUGGAACUCGAAGAAGAGCUUGGUGCUAAGGGUGGUGAAGGAGACAAUGCUUCUAUCGGGAUCGAGGUCGCAGUGUUGCCAAAUGGGUCAAAUGGAGUUGUCGACAGGUCGUGUUUGCGCCUCGAUCUGGUCGGUGAUACGGCCGAUAGACACCCAAUUAGACUUGACUCGAUAGUGCUGACACUGCAGGAGGAGGUCCAGGAACAGAUGAUUUUUCUUGAAUCGGAGGUGGAAGAUGCCAUAAAAAGUCAGUUAAUACAGCGAGUUGAUUCACCGUUUGAAUGUCCACUGACACCCCAGUCCGAGUGUGCUCGUCUGCUGGCUGUCAUUGGUGAUGAUAUUGAUGUUCAGCAUCGUGCACGCAUUCAGUCAGCAGUGGGUCUCUUCUUCAACUCCAGUUCUGGCGUUUUCUCAUACGAUACAUUCCGAAAUAUUGCAAGUGAUGUGGUUGAUGAAACACUACCAGGAUGGAGACAGGUUGCUAUUCUGCUGAUGUACACAGAAGGUGUGGCGAUAAGACUAGUUCACAGUGGUCACCACAACAUAGCUUGCAUCGUUGACUACAGCGUGCAACUGCUCACCGACCUAGCGGCCGACUUCAUUAUCAAACAAGGAGGAUGGGGUGCCAUAAUGAAUUGCGACCCCAGUCUGACUGGCACCACCAGCCAGAGUUCCCCCGAGCGCUCUCAGCCGGACAACCCGUUUCUCGUGGCCAUGUUAAAACAGCAGCAGGCGGAGGACCACGUCCGUAGACAGUGCAAGAACGAGUGCAAUACUCUCCGGCAAACAACUGAUGGCCAUGGCUCUAGAUCGGAAGAUAUCCGUCCCACCUGCAACAUGUCUGAAGACGUUCGACCGUCUUGCUCAUACGACUACCACAGUACAAGCCCAGUUAGUCCUGUGUCGCAAGAGAAGAACCAGGCUGACGAAGACCAAGCCAGUGAUAGACCAAGGGAAAUAACUCCUGUGAAUGCCAGAAGUGAGUUCUUGAGGUCCGUUGCUAACGGCAGCAGCUGGAUAUUAAACCGGUUGCUAGACACUGGUCAGAGGUUAGGCGUGUCUGCUCAGAUUUCUGCCAGUUUUCUUUUACUGGCAGCAGGAAUCACUUUCACUGUGACCUACUUUAAAGGUCGGUCAGGGCAGUAAAAUGUGCAGAAUCUGCACAUCAAAGUUGAUUCUCAUAAUAUUCUUAUUUUUGUAAAUUAUUUUUAAACAUUGUUGUGAUAUUGGUUGAUUUAUUUUUAUAUACAUUUUAUACUUUUGUUGUUGUUGUUUAAUUGCAACUGUUUGCUUGUUUCGUUCACAGGUCUGUAGCAAUUGCAGACAUGAUUUUUGGUUUUUUGAAAUGUGGAAAGCAGGAAUUGCUGCAAGCAAAAUCAUCCUGCACAUUUCUCAGUGGUCAGUGAAAAUGACCCAGAUCUAUUAUAUAUAUUAAAAAAUAUUUUUUAAAUACAAAUAAUGUCACAUGUAGGUUUUUGAAAAAUAAUUUUUUUUAAAAGUAUUAACUUCUGUAAUCUAAACCACUUGUAUAACAGUAGGUCACUCUGUAGGUAUAUUUACAUACCUUAGUGUCUUUUUUCCAUGUGUAGUAAACCAUGAUACUCGUGUGUGUAGUUGCGAACAAAUAUGGAAUUGAUGUGAAUUGGUGAUGAUAUUCAAUUAUGAGGACUGACAUUUAUAGAACUGCUUGUGUCUGAACUUUUCAGAUUAACCAGUUAAGAAAAAUCUGAAAUGAAAGCAGUUUUAUUUAUUUAUUCCAAUUAUAUAGCUUUUUGUUCCCCCAAAUUAACUACAUUUAAAACAAAUAAAGAAAAAAUGCGAAAUGAUGGAAUACUGUCAUUCUCAAAACAAGUGGGCAUUACCAUUUCAGGGCCCGUGCUUAUGAAUCUUUAAGAGUCUACAAUAACUGAAAUACCUAAUGACAUCACACUCUAGACAUUUUAUUAUCACCACUUCUGGUCAUUGGGCCUCGGUUUUAUACCUAAAGUGUGAAGUGAGCAUGUUGCUAAAUAAAAUUCCCAUGGUUAAUUUAAUCCUGUGGACUAAUAAUAAUGUUAUAUACUGGAGGUGACAGAAACAUUUUAUGGAGAAGAAUGUAGCUGUCUUAAAACACUUUACUGAAAUGUUAAGAGUUAUAGGAUCAAAUCCACUCUGGUGGAUGUAUACUGAACAAAAUAAGAAACUUCCGCUAAUUUUGCUUGAGCAUAACUUGAUGAAAACAAACCGUGGGAAUAAUUGUUAUAUAUGCGUUUAAAGAGUGUUCCAUGAUGCAUCAUUUGGUGC